AGAGAGCUGCCCAUGAAGUCUCCAGAAUAAUAUAAAGCAAAGGAUUUUCUCCCUCACAGAAACCGCUCAGCAGCUGUGCGCAUGAGCAGAUGCAAGAGAUAUGAUGACUUCCUCAUUAGCCUCCGUCAGAGACUGAUGAAAAAUGAUGGGUUCAUGGCAGGGGUUAAGCUCCACUAAGGAAUGCUAGGAUUGAAGUCUAACCUGAAUUUGCACUCCUUUUUCCUGCUGUUGUGUAGCCUCCUGGGCUUCAGUGAGACUCCCCCAGUUAUCCAGAUCUCUAGAAUUUUGUCUUGUCAUCGGGUCAUUCGCAGACUGAAUUUAUAACUUGGCAGCCCAUGAAAUCAGUCAUGGUUUGUCUAGCACACUCUUGCACUUGUCCAGGCUUACUUCUAGCCUGGUGCCUACUAUUAAUACCACCCAGUGCAAAAGCCAUUUCAGUCAGCUACAAGCCCAACAUUGUCAUCCUUUUUGCUGAUGACCUUGGCAUUGGGGAUUUAGGCUGCUAUGGAAAUGAUACAAUCAGGACUCCUAAUAUUGACCAGCUUGCAAAGGAAGGAGUGAAACUUACUCAGCAUAUUUCUGCAGCUUCUGUUUGUACGCCAAGCAGAGCAGCUUUCCUCACUGGCAGAUAUCCCAUCAGAUCAGGUAUGGUUGAUUCAGAAAAUUUUCUUGUUCUUCAUUGGCUUGGUGGUUCCGGUGGUCUUCCUCCCAAUGAGACUACUUUUGCCAAGAUAUUGCAGAAGCAAGGCUACGCCACUGGUUUAAUAGGGAAAUGGCAUCAAGGUGUGAACUGUGAACAUCGUAAUGACUACUGCCAUCACCCUUUAAGUCAUGGAUUUGAUUAUUAUUAUGGCAUGCCAUUUUCCCUAAUGGGUGAUUGUCAAAUAACACAGCCCCCAGAGAUGGAUAGGGCCCUGCAAAUAAAACUUUGGUCUUACACUCAGAUGAUUGCUCUUGCUAUCUUCACUCUUGUAGUAGCAAAACUUAUUCACCUGGUGUCCAUCAGCUGGAAAGUGAUCUUCCUCUUCGCUUUGUUUGGUUUCUUAUUCUUUAUUUCUUGGUUCUCAAGUUAUGGAUUCAUAAGAUACUGGAACUGUAUUGUGAUGAGAAAUUAUGAAAUUACAGAACAGCCAAUGAAGGUAGAGAGAGCUGCACCUCUUAUGCUAAAGGAGGCCAUAUCUUUUAUUGAAAGAAACAAACAAGGACCAUUCCUCCUCUUCUUUUCAUUCUUGCAUGUUCAUACACCAUUGGUUACCACGGAAAAAUUUGUUGGCAAGAGCAAAUAUGGACUGUAUUGUGAUAAUGUAGAAGAGAUGGACUGGAUUGUAGGAAGAAUUCUGGAUGAACUUGACAAUAAUAAUUUAAAGAAGAGCACACUCAUAUAUUUUACGUCUGAUAAUGGUGGACACUUAGAGGCUCGAGAAGGAAAUAUUCAGCGUGGUGGUUGGAAUGGCAUUUACAAAGGUGGAAAGGCCAUGGCAGGGUGGGAAGGAGGAAUCCGUGUCCCUGGAUUAUUCAGAUGGACAGGAAUGCUGCCUGAGGGCAAGGUUAUUGAUGAACCCACAAGUCUAAUGGACAUUUUUCCCACAUUGGUUUAUCUGGCUGGUGGAAAAGUACCUCAGGACAGGACAAUUGAUGGUCAGGACCUGAUGCCUUUACUGCGGGGAUUGGUUCAGCACUCAGGUCAUGAAUUCAUGUUUCACUACUGUGGAAUAUAUUUACAUGCUGUGCGCUGGCACCAAAUGGACAGUGGAAAUGUGUGGAAGGCUCAUUAUGUAACACCAGUUUUUCAACCAGAAGGAGCUGGUGGUUGCUAUGAAACUGUAUUCUGUGUCUGUUCUGGAAAAGGUGUAAAACAUCACAACCCUCCUUUGCUUUUUGAGCUCUCAAGAGACCCAUCAGAGGCAGUGCCUCUGACCCCAGAUACUGAGCCACUGUUCCACGUGGUUCUAAAAAGAAUAGAGAAAGCAUUGGAGGAGCACCGCAGCACCCUCACUCCUGUCCCAGAGCAGAUGUCUCUCAGCAACAUUGUGUGGAAACCAUGGUUACAGCCUUGCUGUGGGACAUUCCCAUUCUGUUGCUGCGACAAAGAAAAGGAAAAGGAUGAACACUUUUAAAGUUAGCCACAUUGAAUGAAUUAGGCAUCUUAGACCAUAAAAGAUAUUUUAAAAAAUAGGAUCAUCGAGUACUGCUGUCCUUUCCCACUGUCCCACAAUGCCCCUGCUAUGGAAGGGGGACAAUUGAUAAUA